AUGUCCACCACCACGACUUCAGCGCCGUCAACGGUCACCGAACCACCCCCCGUGCUCACCACUGUCUUCACGCCGGCGUCUUCGUGUUUGAUCGAUCUUUGGCAAUACUCAGCCACCGCAUCGGGGCUGGAAUGCUAUGUGGGCACAUCCCAGGUACAAUGCAACUAUGUGCAACUAGGCCCAUCCGCAACCACGAGCUGUUUCCCAUCGGACUGGGAUUAUGAGCCUACCGCGUACUUUUCGCCUGGCAUUUGCCCGUCGGGCUAUGAGACUGCCUGUUCGAGCGUGACCACAUUCGGCACUAACACGGAGACGAGAGCGACUUGUUGUCCGAGUGGAUAUUCGUGCCAAACUGGCAGCGACUGGCCUUGGUAUACCACCGAUCUGUGUACUUAUCACAACCCCGGCCCAGUCACGUAUGUGUACACCACCGAUCUCCCAGGCGUCGGCACUUCGACGGUGACCACCUCCGGAAGCGAGGGCAUCAACGCGUAUGGGGUGCAAAUCCGGUUCCAGGCAACGGAUUCAGUCACAGCACUAACAACAACCACCGCAUCACCUACAUCUUCUACAUCUUCUACAUCAUCGUCAUCGUCAACGUCCACAUCAAGUGCCACUCCCGCGUCAACGGGACUAAGCACGGGUGCCAAAGCCGGAAUAGGAGUCGGUGUUGCUCUCGCCGGGCUCAUUGCGAUCGCUGGCAUUAUCUUCUUCUUUGUGCGACCCCGACGGCGCAGCGCAUCUGAUGGCCGGCCGAGUGCGUUUUCGUCUCAGCCUGCUUAUUAUUCUGAGCUGGCUGGUCGGCCUGCGUCGGUUGAAGUCAAGCGGGAGUUGUAUGGCUCGCCGUUGAUAGAACUGCACAAUGACCCGGUGCGGGCGCCGGUUGAGAUGGAAUAA